AGGGCGUAGAUUCAGACCUGAGGAGCCCAGCUGCAGCACAGUUCAGUCUCUUGGAACCAGUGAGUCUUUGGCGUCAUGGGGGUCGCUCGUGGACUGCAAUGUCUGACGCUCAUCUACAUCCUGCUUUGCUGUGAAUCUUCCCCUUUUAAGAAAAUGGAGUUUUUGAUCUGGCACACCUGGGACAGCGACCCUGUGACUCAUGACCCCAUCAGGAUCAACUUCUCUCCGGGACAAGGAGGGCUGAAGAUCGAGAUGUUUGGUCCCUUCUUCAAUGACCCAGCAGCUCCUGCAGGGCCGCCCAGUCAGCCCUUCCCUGGACUCUGGGACUAUGAAGUUGUGGAGUGCUUCUUCCUCGACAGCACAAAAGAAAAUUACCUGGAAGUGGAGUUUUGUCCACAUGGACAGCACCUGAUAUUACUGCUGUCAGGAGUCGGCCAAGCGUUCGUGCAACAACUGCCCAUGGUGUUUAAUGCCACGAUCAAAGGGGACGUAUGGAUGGGUGAGGCUCUCGUCCCCUGGGGGUACUUCCCUCCCAACAUCAACAAGAUGAACUCCUACGCCAUCCACGGCUCAGGAGAGAAGCGCACAUAUGAGGCGCUCUACCCCGUCCCCAAGGAGGACCUCGUGGAGGGCCAACAACCCAACUUCCACCGCCUGGAGUAUUUCAAAGAUUUCAGCCUGCAAAGCAUCAUGGGAGAAGACUGGGUCCAGCCGGAGUCUGGUCUUUGGGCUGGAAAAUCCUGAACUUCCUUUGCACACAGACGAGGAACGGAGGCCGAUCAAUCUUUAUCAGUUAAAGAUGCCAAACAAUAAGAUGGGAAAUAUUUUGUCAGCACGUCAGAGCCCUCACACACUUCUGUACAGUCACACACACACCACACAUAAUUGAACGUCACCUUCGUUUGCCUCAGCAGACUGAUGAAUUUUGAAUCAGUGCUGCUCUGUGUCACCUUUUUUAUUGAUUUCCUUUUACAAUUAAACUUGUUAACAUAUUGAUCAGCUUUUUUAUUUCUCUGUACAAUGUCUCUUUAAUUGUAUUUGUGAUGUCUGAUCAUGUUUCUUCUAUUAAAGCAAAGCUUCAUCAUUUUGAGAAAUGUAA